GGGUGAUUUGACCUUUUCCCACAAUCCACCGGGGGACACGAAAGGCGCCUUUUGCAGCCCAUACAUGUCAACAAGGAGGAGGGGAAGACGAGGCUCAUCUUCUGUUAAAUACAUCUAAUGCUUGAAUAUAUAACACACUGGUUUUGUGGGACGAUACGUGUGUCUUGCAUUCUUCUGUUUAACGUCCUUUAACGUUUAUUACUACCGACAUGGCUCCGUUCAGCCUUGUGACAGCAAGCGUUAGCUGGUUGGCUAAGUCCUUCAGUGUUUUCUCCAGCACAAGCACCCUGGCAAGGUGUACCAGUGUCCUUCCAGCUGCAUACGUCAACCCAGUGAGAUGUCUGACCUCUCAGGCCAGUGGGCCCCCAAAGAGACCUCUGAAUGGUUACCUGAGAUAUGUUCUGCAACAGCAGCCGGUCAUAACCAGACACAACCCAGAAAUCAAAUCAGUGGAUAUCAUCAGGAGAAUCGCCCAGCAGUGGAGAACCAUGAGCCCAGAACAGAAACAGCCUUUUCAGGAAGCCUCUCUUCAGGCCAGGGAGCAGUUUAAGGUGGACCUCCAGCACUACCAGGCCCAGCUGACCCCAGCACAGGUCCAGCAACAAGCCCUGGAGAAGAGGCAGAGGAUGGCCAAAAGGAAGGCCAUCCGCAAAAAGAGGGAGUUGACCAACCUGGGGAAGCCCAAGCGUCCUCGCUCUCCUUUCAACAUCUUCAUGUCGGAGCACUUUGUGGAAGCCAGAGGAACCACCACACAGGCAAAGAUGAAGUCACUGUUGGAGGACUGGAAGAAUCUGUUCGGUCAUCAGAAACAGGUCUACAUGCAGCUGGCAGAGGACGACAAAAUUCGCUAUAAGAAUGAGAUGAAGUCGUGGGAGGACCACAUGAUGGAGAUCGGACGAGAAGACCUGAUCCGAGAGCAGACCCUGUCCACCAAGAAAAAACCUGCUGCAAAACGUUUGGCGGCCAAGACGGGGCCAAAUAAGGCUAAAGCUAAAGCAGUAAAGAAGGCCACUGCCACAGGGAAGUCCAAAACAAGCAGGAAGACAGCAAAGAGUAGCUCUGUGAAAACUGCCAGGACUACUAAGAAGACAUAAGACGUGUUCAUCUACUAGAGUCUAAAGGGAAAGAAGAGCUUUCAUGACAACUGAAACAGAAGUUGUGAUGACCCAGGGCGGUGCUCUGCUUGGUUGUUUUCCUCUAAUGUAAAAUCCACAAAGUUCCCAGUUGUCAUGAAGCUUCCUAGGUUCAGCAGGAAAAACCCUUUUACAGCAUUCAGACAGAUGAAGAUGAAUUCACAAUAAAUCAUCACAUCUGUUCAGUAAGAACUACAUCAGAUAAGCCCCGACACCAGGACCGUUACAAGGCGUCCAAAUGAUGAUCUAGUGCGGGAUAGUUCCAGAGGAACCUGAGGAAAUGUAAUGAUUUCAGAUGUUUAUACCAUACAAUUUGCAAGGUUUCAUAGCCCCGAGUGUAACCACAAGGUACCCGAGGAGUAUAAAGGUUACUGUUGCAGUCUCAAAAACAUCCACACAUUUUCUAUUUUUGGUAUUUCAUAAAGAGUAUCAAUGUCAAAAAGAAGUCUGGUGUUAUUCUUAGUUUGCCUUGUCAACAAAUCCAUGAAAAGUCCUAAACCAACGAUGUUGGUGCGUGUCUCCCAGGCCCAGUGCUUCUACUGAAGGCACGCAUCUUUAGAAGCCCCCCACAGGCUCAGUAAGUUCCUAAGCCAGCUGGUCAUUGUAGUUUUUAGUAAACAGGAGGAAAUAGUUCAUUUGUUGGUGAUUCUUUCUACAUCUGGUGCUCUAGUGAUAAACCAGCGUGUUCAUGUGUUUAAGUAGGUCUGAACAACAAUGGAGCUCUAUCACGUCGAGUACCACAGAGCAGGGAAGUCAGAAACUACCGACAGGCCAAUGAAUACUUUUUAUUUGUUUUUCAUAUUUUCACAGGAUUUGUUGACGAUAUUAAAACUAGAAUGACAGCAGCCUUAAGCUGAGCAGAGUGCAUGUCCCCGUGCACGUGUUUACAGACUCUCAUCAAUGCAACCUGACUGAAUUAUUUGUCUCAUAGCUGCUGUUCCUGCAGCACAACCUCACACUGUGAAACACUGCUUUGUGUCAUUUAUGGCAUAAGUAACAUUACUGACUGACAUUUUGUUUUUUUUAAACAAAUUUAGUUUUAUCGUUCCAGUCGAGCUUUAUACGAGAUGUUUUCUUGUUCCGUUAAAGCUGUUCUGGUCGAUAAUAGAUCCGCCCCUUCAUCCAACUCAUUCUCUGGCACACCUUCCUUUCUGCUCGGUUCAUGGUCCUAAAGUCCCCGAUCGUUCUGCUCUUCGUGUUUGGGAUGAUUAUGAAGAUCGUACUCUCAGUAUUGACAGAUGCUUUUGCUUGUAGAAUGUAUGUAGAGCUACCAGCGUUUACUACAGCGUGUUUUCUUUGUACUGUGUAUUUACUGAAUAAAGAUGUACAUACACCUUUCUA